CUAGCCUCGAUCCCAGGCCGAGUUUUCGCUUUUAUAACGGUUAGGCGAACAACUGGGCCUGGUACUAGUUGUCUGCGCAUGCGUCAGUCGUUCGUCAGAUUCUGACGAAUGGAUAUUCUCGUUCACUUUCGUGACAUUUAUAUUCGUGUACUAUCGUGUACUAGAAGUCAGUUCCCGUUUUAUCAUUAUUGGAAUCGAUUGGAAUGGCUCUUAGCUGAAGCUUCUCUCUUCUCUGAAGCUUAUUCUGAAGACUGAACAACAAGGGAAGAGGUAUAAAGCUUUGUCAAGCUUGUUAAGGAGCAAUGGCUAAUAUCCAGCUAUCCCAACAGUGCUCCUCUUGGCUAUACUAACGGACGAGACUGGACAGUUUGAGGACUGGAGUAUGACCUGCUCAUUCGAGUGUUGCUGGGUAGCUCAGAGACAUCAAGAGAAUCUACGUUUUCUCAAGUAAAAUUUAACUGAGUUAUGAGUUGGGGCCUAGAAUCAGAGAAGUCCAGCAGCCUGCUAAAUCUUUUUGAAACGUAAUUUGAAGGCAUUCAAUCAUCCUGAGUUGCCCUGGGUCACUGUAAUUGUGCUGCAGCACAACUGGCAACUCCCCAGGCCUUUGUGAAGCAGCUCUCUAUGUGCAUCUUUUGUGUACUCACUCUGUGCAUUUUCUGUGUACAAAUUUCUAUUAUUGAUUUAUUAAAUAUUUUUGCCGACCACAAAUAUACAAUGAAAAUUUGACGCAUGCGCAGACAACUAGUACCAGGCCCAGUUGUUCGCCUAACCGUUAUAAAAGCGAAAACUCGGCCUGGGAUCGAGGCUACUCCUCCCCCAGUUUUGCAGCAAGAAACAAGCGGCUUGUACUACUCUCACAAAGCGAAAGGAAGACACCUAAGCUAUAAUUUGCAGCAAACAAGCCCAGCAAACGAGCGGCUCCUAUACUACUCUUCAACAAAGCGAAAGGAACUUUAGGAAGAAGCCAAAGCUAGAAUCCCAGCACUUCCAUACAUCCAGCUCCUCCCCCAUGCAGCCUUGCAGCAAAAAAGCACAGCACACUGCCGCCCAAAAAACGAGCGUCUCCUACUACUCUCGAACAAAGCCAAAAAAAGAAACUAGAGCUUCUCUCUUUCAUUCUAGUUCUGUUAUUAUAUUACUAGACAAAGCAUCUUAGCUACAAUAAUUUUUAUGUUAUUAUACAUGUGCAUCUUCUUGUAAAUCACAAUACAAUGUACAAUCUUGUAGUUUGUAGCCCAGAGCAAUCUAUAGUACCGGUACUAUAGCUCAUAGUUCCCUGCUAAAUACACUCAAAUGGGAUCUAAGAGAUUAUGGCUCAUAAUUCCCUGCUAAACACACACAAGUGGGAUCUAAGAUAAUGCAUAAGUAUUAUUUUAUUAUUGACAGAACUACUGCCAGAUAAUCCAACUGAUUGCGCAUGCGCGUCACAGUCGGGUGCAUGGUAACAGAGGAGCCGUAUACAGGGCCACGUGGUAGAGUCAAGGCCGGGAAUAUUGCUCAGAUGACAGCCGACUGCCAGGAAGGAUUCUCUUGCGUUCAGACUGGCCACAGGAAGCGUAACUGCAAGAGCACACAAUGCAAAAUGGCUCUUAAGAACAAUACAAACAUUGAGUGUAAUAAAGAGGGUAACUUCAAGCCGCUACAGUGUGAUCCCAUAGUAUCAGCUAUUAAUGAGAGUGAAUCAGGCGGGGCAAGGUCAAGGUCAAAGAAGCGUGAUCCAAUGAUGUGUCGAUGCGUUGAAAUGUUGUCAGGAGAUACUAUAGUGAGCUCAGAGGUCAGGGUGGAGCCAGGGAUGAAACGACCUAACUGCCGAUUUAGAGAUUGCAAAAUUCCUGGGACCCGAGGACGAGGCAGAAGAGGCAAAAAAGAACGAAUGUACAGAGUCCAACAUGGAGAUACUUAUUUUGAUGCAGCCAACUGUCGAAGUUGCCAGUGCAUUGAUGGAGAUGCACAAGCUUUCUGCAGUGCUUCUGUGGGUAAUUGUGAGGCAAUCACGGGUCAGAAUAACUGCACGUUGGAGGGUGGCUUGAUGAUACUUCACGGUGAACAGAUGACCUUUGGGUGUGAGAAGUGUGGUUGCAGUAACGGGAAAAUCAGCUGUGUCACUAUCGGAGACUGUGAGACUGAAGAGGUGAACAUGUGCAAAGAGUGUGAGACGUUACCACCGAACCCAGUGUGUGGGCCCGAUGGCCGCAACCACAAGACAGAGUGUGCUGCUGUCUACUGUGCUGGGAUACCUGCCAUUGCCCUCCUUGAAGGACCUUGUCAGAGCAACGAUGUGUGUGAAAUUUACCCCUGCGAUAACGAUACCUUCACCUGUAUUCCUGGAGGGGGCGUGGCAUGUGUCGGCACCGGUGGCUGUGAACCAGACCAACUCAGAACAUGCAUCGACCUGGACACUCUCCAAUGCACUGGGAAUGAGUCAUCAUUGAUUUUAGGAUUUGAAGUUUGUGGUUCGGAUAACAUCACGUACUCGAGCAUCUGCAGCCUCCUCCAAAACACAGUGGAUGUGCAGAUUGCAAGCAGUGGUUCUUGUGAGAGUGAAGAAUGUACCAGCAUUGGAGAGGUUUGCGGUAGUGAUGGAGUAACCUACCCUAACCCAUGUGUUCUGAGAAGCCAGGCUGUCACUAGAUUAGACUAUCCUAGUGCUUGUGUCACUAAUGGAUCCACUGCUGAAGCAAUCUGUGAAAGUGUUCAAACACAGGGACUGUGUAUAGUGAACACUGACAAUUGUGACUCUCCCCACCUCCCAGAGAAUGGCUGCUGUCCCAUAUGUGGUGGUUCUGUGACGAUAGCAUUUGAUCGAGAUGCACUAACAGUUGCUGGUUCUGCUGACUACGACUUCACUUCAGUGGACAACAUAGCCAUCAAGAUUCUCCAGCUAUUUUACGAAAUCCAAUGCACUGUAUUUGUCGAUGUCACCACCACGUACAAUAUUGAGAUGUCACUCGUCUCUGAGAACACCACGUACACAUAUGAGUGUGUAACACUAGCAAAGGAAAUUGCUAGUACUGUGAAUGGAGACGUCGUAACUACUGGUUCCAGGCGCAGGAGACAAACAGAUGAUGAUGAGAGCAUUCCACAGAUAUUUGAGUAUGCCAUAGUAGCGUCCACAUCUCCCUUGGUGUCUGAUGACUCUACAGUACAGCCUGUCGUUACUGAUGUUGAGGCUACAACUAGUGGAGCUCCAUCGCUUCGAGUGACACUAGGCGCUCUCUCACUGUUGGUGUUGAGCAUGCUCUCCGUACUGCUGGGAUAAACUCUAUUUAGCUAUAGUCAUAGCUAGUCACUCUGACUGUACUGCUAUAUUGUGUAGUUUCCAUUAAGUAUGAAACAGUUAAUUGUAUACUUCACCGUGAAACAUGUGUUAAUAAUUUUGGUCAAAUAAUUUUCAUCGUGA